UAGUCGCCUUCUCGAUCAAACACAAAAAUAAAUUGACAACUAUUUGACUGUUUGCAAAAUUCCAGUAAAAACUCCAAAUUCUCAGUAUCUAAACCCAAAAUGUUCAUCUGCUGCCCCGAAAAAGAAGCCAAAAAGCGCUGCAACAAACUGGGCGAUUUGAAGCAACUCGUCGAAGCCAUCGAGGAAAAAAUGAUGGUCCCCUGUACCAUGGUCUGUCCCAUCUGUGGGCCUCCGUGCGCUAUCACGCUCCCGUGCCCCCCUGAGGAGCCAAAAGAGCCCCCAGGCCCCCCCAUACCCCCCAAUGUGAUGGUUUGCUACAAGAGCGAGAGGCACGACAAGAAGAAGAAUGGCAGAACUGUUAAAAAAACGAACGCUUUGAAACGCACGAAAAGAGCGAAAUCGAGAGAGCUGAGGGCUAGUAUCCUCUACCAAGGGUGUGACUGUGAGAAACGCAAUGGACUUCAGGAUGAUUGCAGGAGAACUGGGUGUCAUGGCUCCCCAGAAUGUCUGACAAAACCGGAGCCGAUUUGUGGCCCCAGUGAGUUCAGUAAUGGCAAACAUUUAGGGAAAAAAUCCGGGGGUUAUGUGAGUUCAAGUGGGGAAGUUGUUGAUGCUGGUGAUGACGAAGGGAAUGAGAAAGUUAGCGUCUAUUAUAAUUGUUAUCCUGCAGCGAUUAAGUGUUAAAAGUGCGUCCGGUUUUUUCAUGAUGUAAUUAAGUCGAAAUAAGAAUUUUCAAGCAAA